GAAAAGCCGUCUUCACAGGAUAGUCGGGAAAACGAGAGCUUUUCCCAGUGACGUCACUGGCACCGGCCAAUGGCAUGCCGCGUACCUUAUUGAUCAGUCGUUGUGAAAAUGGCAGAGCACUGAAAACAACAUAUGGAAUAAGAAAAGUUCGUUCAAAUAUGAAAUUUUCAUUUAUAAUAGGCGCUGUCACGGUUUUUCUUUGGUGCGGAAUCGCUAUCGCCGACUCGAGAAUACUGAACGAUCUCAAAUACCUUGAGUACCUGAACGACCUGGAUAGAAGAAACGUGGAACUGGACGACAUCCAUAGACAAUGGCCAUUUCACAAUAUAGCUAGAGACUUGGAUGAGGAAGGCGACAAUGCCGACGUCAGUGAAAUUGAUAGGGAAAAGUUACUUGAAGCUGUCAACUUAGCUAGGGUAGAAUUGGCAAAUAAACACCAUCAGAACUAUCGAGACAGACUUUUCGAUAGGCUUGAAGAUGGAUUUAAGCAAUUGAAAGAAACCACGGAUCGUGCAGAUCAGCUUAGUCAAUACAGAAGGUACAAACCGUUUGAGCAAGAUGCUUUGGAAGAAGCUAGAAUGUAUCCGGAGAGAAAUGAUGAAGCUAAAUUUGAUGACGAGGAGAAUAAUUCUUACCAAAAUUCCGACAUUAUAAUCGACGAAAAUGAAGAGGAAGAACCAAUUAUAAGACCAGCUCUUCCGAGACCCUUUUUUCCAAGAAUAGCACCUGUAGAGAAACCAAUGCAUUAUGAAACCGCCUUCCAAGAUUCGUCAUCGGAAACCGAAGAAGAACCGCCAGAAGACCAAGUAAUCGAAGUAGACGAAAUGCCACACAUCAGGCCCACUUUCCCGAAAUCCUAUUUGUUCCCGCGCAUCGCCCCCGUAGACAUUCCGGUCAAUUACAAAAUCGACGAUUUCGACGAGCCCAAAAUUGAAGACAAUAAUCAUCACCAUGACAUGCACGAAGAAUACAAGUUCAAAGACGGCGAAGAAUUCCCGCAUUCGAACGUUUUCAAUGAAGUUGCUGUUGCUGAGGAUCCUAGCGAGUUUGCAGUCGGACCUACCGAUCCUAGGUUUUACAGAGAUGCCGAAGAAAACAAGGCAAAGCCACAAGAUGAUUCAAGUCAAUUAAUCGGUACGAAAACUUACUAUCUCCAGAAACCUAAGAUGAACUCUAGAAGUGAUUUGCAAAAGCAACAGCAACUAGGAUUGUUUAGAGAUGCACAGGAGACAAAUCCUCAUCUCGAGCACAAACCUGGUAAAGACGUAGAAGUGGUGCCUUUCAAGCCAUCAGACGCUGAAGCUGACACGGCCGGAGUAUACAUUAUAGCAAUCAUAGCUGGAAUCAGUGCAGCGGCUACCGUUGGAUUAAUUGCAGUGGGAAUCGGUUGGUACAAUUUACAAAAACACAUGAAAAAUGCCGAGGAUUCAGACUAUCCGUCCUACGGAAUCGUGGGGCCCAAUAAGGACUUCGAGAAAAAAGACAGGGACGAGGCCGGCGAUAGAAGAUUGGCUCAAUCGGCUCAAAUGUAUCACUAUCAACAUCAAAAGCAACAAAUAAUUGCUAUGGGAAGGAAUCCCCAAGGACAUGGUUCACAAUCUGACACAGAUGAAGAGGAAGAUGAGGAAGGCAACUACACAGUAUACGAAUGUCCUGGAUUAGCAUCCAUUGAAGGUCCUUUGGAAGUCAAAAACCCAAUGUUCGAUGACGAUUUAUUGACUCCAUCACUAACCCCUUCCAACCCGACCAAUAACGCUACUAACAAGUAAACCCUCUCUUUGUCCUCUAUUUCAAUUGCACAAAUUAAUUAAAAUGUGCCAAAAAAAGUAAGGAAUAUAAUAUAUUAUGAAGCAGCAAAAGUAAUUAUUUUUAUUUUAAUCCCCUUACCAGGUAUUUCUUACUUUUUUUGCCACUUGUACAGACCAAAAGAUCAUCACCUGUCAGCGUGAUCAAAUUAGCAAAUUUUAGAUCCUAAAAAUCCUAUCAAAAUAAUAUAAAUUGAUAUAAUUAUGUAUAUCAGAAGUGGCUCUAUCUAUACACGUCUUUAAACUUAUAAAUACACUUAUUGUAGAUUAUAGAAUGAAAAAAAAUCCAUAUAUGUAUAUGAAUGUUAACUAUGUUACUAUAUCUGUUUGUUUACUCUGCGAUAUAAAUUUUAUUUCACAAAUUUUAAUACGAAUUAAACAAUUUUAUAUAAGUAUUGGCAAAAAUGGACAAUGAGCAUUGGAUGGGGAGUUAUUGUUUUAAGGAUGUAUUACGAAAAAAUCUGCUUUAUUUUUGAUGAAAGUUGUCUAAUUUGCAUAGCUUUAUGUAAAAUCAGGCAAAAUUCCUUGUAUUUAUAGAGACUCUUUGGUAUAAACCGAAUUGUUUCCUAGAUGUUCCUUAAUAAUCGGUUAUUUAUUUGAAAAUAGAAAGCUCUAAUUAAAUUCCGCCACACUUUUUAAAUUAAAUUUUAAGGAAUCAGCAUACAAUUAAGGAAAAAAAUGGAGAUAUUGAAUCAUUUAAAAACAUAUCGAUAUAAAUGAAGCUCCUUUUUAAACUAAGCCAAACCGAAACAAUCGAGUGAUAACAUGGGUAAAACGUUGUUCUCUACUUACAUAAUGUAAUAUUUAUUUUAUACAUUUUAAUAAUUUCACAUUUGAAUAAAAAAAUGUAAUCAUUAUUUUAUCAUUCAAUAUAUGAAAAUACUUUACACUAUAAAA